CUGCAAAGGAAGGUGACUGCAGCUUGCAUAGCUCUGACCAUUCAUUCAAGAAAUACCGGCAUAAAUGAGAAAUUCAACAUGUCUUCUUCAGCCAUCGUUAGCUACUACUGUAGCUCUACCGGUCAUCUACUCUUUCCUAUUUCCUGCUGGAAGUUUUGGAAAUAUACUCGCUGCUUGGAUAUUUUCAAGGCAAGCGCCGACAAAAAGAACACAACACAUUUACCUGGUAAACCUCGUCACUGCAAAUUUACUCAUAUGUUGCACCAUGCCUUUUCUGGCUGCGUAUUUUGCAAGAGGGUACCAAUGGCCAUAUGAGUCUGUACUAUGUAGAAUGGUAAAUCACCUUGGGACUCUCAUUAUGCACAUCAGUAUGUAUGUUACUAUUAUAAUUUUAUGUUCAACUGCUCUAAGUCAGUAUGCAACACUGAAGAAAAACAGUGACACACAAUACUCCCAAGCAUUUAAUGAAACCUUUAACAGAUGUGUACUGCAAAAGUUUCGUCAGCCAAAAUUUGCUAAAUAUUUCUGCAUCAUUAUAUGGAUUAUGGUGCUCUGCAUAACGGUAAUAGCUAUAACAUAUAAUGUCCAGUCAAUGGCUACGGAAGAAUUUCGCAGAUGCUACAAUCUCAGGGUAGAGGCUGAUGAAUUUUCCACAAAGAUGGCAGCUUCUCUUGCCACUGCAUGUUUUUUUCUAUCUUUCAUGAUGGUUUUAUGGUCAUACUGUUCUCUUACCAGACAUCUGAGUAAAAUACAAAAAAAUACCUGUAUUGGAGAAAAACAUCUAAUUUACAGAACAGUGAAAAGAAACAUUCUUGUCAUCCAGAUGAUAUUAAUCAUCUGCUUUCUUCCAUAUCAUAUUUUCAGGCCAAUUUUUUACGUACUGCUUACAAAUAGCGACUGCCCAAUGUUAAACUAUCUAGUGGAAAUAAAAAAUUUCCUUACUUGUGUUGCUGUUGCUAAGAGUAGUUUAGAUCCAGUUAUAAUCCUUCUGCCAGAUAAAACAUUUAAGAAAAGUCUAUAUGGCCUCUUUACAAAAUCCACAGCAGAACACCACAAACGUGAAGCUGGUAUUUUCAGUGAAAGGACUCUCAAAAUGUAA